AUGUCAACUGUCCAGAGAGGGAUUCAAAGGAAAGAUAAGCCGAGAGGUCGUCAUCAUGGGUUGACUCAACAGAAGAGGCAGGAGAUAAAGGAGGCUUUUGAACUGUUUGAUACUGAUGGAUCUGGAACUAUUGAUGCGAAAGAAUUGAAUGUAGCCAUGAGGUGUGUGUAUUUUUAUAUGUUCAUUUAUUAUUUAAAAAAAUACAUUGAAGAAAUUACUCGAAUGAUUGCUGAAGUAGACAAAGAUGGCAGUGGGGCUAUUGACUUUGAUGAGUUUUGUCACAUGAUGACAGCUAAAUUUGGAGAAAGGGACACUAAUGAAGAGCUCAAGAAGGCUUUUCGCAUUAUUGACCAAAACAAUAAUGUAAGUUUUUGGUAUAUUUUACAUUUUGGUUACUUGUAUUGUGGUAACCGGUUCUUCAUUAUCCGGAUGCAGGGGAGCAUAUGUCUUGGAGAUAUUAGACGCAUAGCAAAUGAUUUGGGUGAAAGAUUCACUGAAAAAGAGCUGCAGGAUAUGAUUAGGGAAGCAGACCGAGAUAAUGAUGGUGAAGUAAGUUUGGACGAUUUCUUGAAGAUGAUGAGCCGAACCUCGUACGGGUACUAA